ACAUAACUAGUUGUUAUAAAAUAGUCAAAAUUACUAUAGUUAAAAAAUAUCACCAUGAAGUUUACAUUAAUACUAACGCUCAGUUGUCUCACCGCUUACGGCCACUGCAAGACCAUAUCGGUGUCCAACGCCGACCAACUAACCAAAGCGCUAUCAUCGGCAGCGCCGGGCGAUACCAUCCAACUGGCCGACGGGGCGUACAAGGGCAAAUUCACGGGCACCAUCUCGGGCAAAUCGGGUUCGCCCAUCACUGUCACGGGCAGUAAAAAGGCUGUACUAUCGGGCGAUAGCUACGGGUUUUGGCUGAAGGCCGACUGGUGGGUGCUUAAGGGGUUUAAGGUGGACGGCGCCAAAAAGGGCAUCAUGCUGGAGGGGGCCAACCAUAACGUGUUGGACAAUGUGGAAGUGUGUAACGUUGUUCAAGAGGCGGUCCACUUUCGGGCCAGUAGUGCCGAUAAUACCCUACAGAACUCGUUUAUUCACGACACCGGCAAAGGCAGCGAUACGGACAAGGGUUUUGGUGAAGGCGUGUAUAUUGGAAAUGCCGUGCUAAACAACCGGAUCGGACCCAAUGUGGCCGCGGAGGGCGUCGACAUGAAAGAGGGCUCGUGUUGUGGCACUAUUAAGGGCAACACAUUUGACGGCACUGGUAUGUCGGGCAAAAAUGACGCCGACUCCUGGACCGACUGUAAGGGCGAAGGCUAUACCAUCACUGAUAACACCGGCAAGAAUUCAUUGAAAGAUGGUUUCCAGAUCCAUUUUAUAAAGGAUUCCAACAUGGGCGGCACCAAAAACACCAUCAAAAAUAAUAAAUGCUCCGGGUUGGGCUCGGGUGGUAAAUGCGCUGUCGACGCCAGUGGUGUGCUAUCAAUGCCAGUGUUUGCUUAUCACGAAGUGGUACACCUGAGUGAGUGGCGUAUGGGUUACGCCAUGUGUCACAUCCAUAUCUUCUUUACACACGUGUUAACAACGGUCUCAUUCCUUCACAUCUUCUUUAUAGCCAUCGAUAGAUAUCUCUCGGUCUCGAGGGUUGAGUACUCGCGUAAUCCGAGCCUAAGGCCGGCGCGGGUUAUGAUUGCCAUUUCGUGGACACUACCCCUGGCUAUGGGUGUGGGCCUAACAAUCAAUCAUAUCGGAGCUGAUUUGUUGUACGUGGAGACAAUUAUCACAACACCUAAACUGCAGACCAGAUUCAAUUGCCUGAUCCUAUCGCUCAGCAUCGCUGACCUAAUGGUAGGUGUGGUGUCAAUGCCGGUGAACGCCUACCAAGAAUUGGUGCACAUUAAUAAGUGGCCGUUUGGAAAGACCACGUGUGAUAUACAUGGGUUUAUCACAUAUUCCAUGAGCAUCGCCUCAUUUCUCCACAUCUUCUUCAUAGCCAUCGAUAGGUAUCUCUCGGUCUCGAGGGAUAAGUACUUACGUAACCCAAGCCUAAGGCCGGCGCUGAUAAUGAUUGUGAUGUCGUGGGCAUUAUCUUCGACACAUGGCGUACAUGUGCUCUACACUCGCCUUAAUAAAGAUCUAUUAUUUGCUGAAACAAUAGGCGCCCGUAUAUGCUUGUGGACGGCUGACCCGGAUGACAUGAAUUCCGGUGAGGUAUCCGCCAAAGAGCUGUAUUUCGUACAACUCUUAUCAUCGAUACUAUUGUUUGCCAUAAUAUUUACCACAAUUUGCGGCAAUUUGUUGAUCAUAAUAUCGGUGAUCACAACACCUAAACUGCAUACCCGAUCCAAUUACUUGAUCCUAUCGCUCAGCAUCACUGACCUCGUGGUGGGCGUGUUUUCAAUGCCAUUAACCGCUUACCACGAAGUGGUACACCUGAGCGAGUGGCACAUGGGGUUAGCCGUGUGUAACGUACAACAGUUUAUUACAUAUGUCUGCUCUACCACUUCAUUCUUCCACAUCUUUUUCAUAGCCAUUGAUAGGUAUUUGUCGGUCUCGUGGGUCGAGUACUCGCGUAACCGGGGCUUAAGGCCGGCGCUGAUAAUGAUUGGCAUUUCGUGGACACUAUCUCUAGCACAGGGCGUGAAAGGCAUUUACACUCACCGUAAUAGUGGGCUAAUGUUUGUUAAGAGUAUGGGCGCCUAUAUGUGUCAAUGGGACGACGAUCACGAUGAUUUGAUGCCAGCAUUCACUGUCGUUUUCCUGAUAUUGUUUAUUAUAAAUUGUGUGAUACCCAAAGAGUUGUAUUUUAUACAACUAUUAUCAUCGAUACUAUUGUUUGUCAUAAUAUUUGUGACAAUUAUCGGCAAUAUAUUAGUCAUAACAGCCAUCACUACAACACCUAAACUGCAAAUCCGGUCCAAUUACCUGAUCCUAUCGCUCAGCAUCACUGACCUAAUGACAGGCGUGCUAUCAAUGCCGGUGUUUGCUUACCACGAAGUAAUCCACAUGAAUCAGUGGCGUAUGGGAUAUACCAUGUGUCACAUUCACUUAUUCUUCGGCCAUGUCUUGUCCAUCGCUUCAUUCCUCCACAUCUGCUUCAUAGCCAUCGAUAGGUAUCUCUCGGUCUCGAGGGUUGACUACUCAAGGAAUCCGAGCAAAAGAGCGGCGCGGGUUAUGAUUGCCAUUUCGUGGACAUCAGCCGUGACUAUGGUUUUGGGCCUAACGUACAGUCAUAUUAACACUGAUUUGUUGUAUGUGGACAUCAUUGGCGGCCAUAUAUCGAUCACCACAACACCCAAACUGCGGACCAGAUUUAAUUGCCUGAUCCUAUCGCUCAGCGUCACUGACCUGAUGGUAGGCGUAAUGUCAAUGCCGGUGAACGCCUACCAAGAAGUGGUACACAUGAAUAAAUGGUUAUUUGGAAACACCACGUGUAAUGUACACCAGGUUAUCACAUAUGUGUUGUCAUACGCUUCAGGCUUUCACAUAUUUUUCAUAGCCAUUGAUAGGUAUCUCUCGGUCUCGAGGGUUGACUACUCGGCGAACCCGAGCCUAAGGCCGGCGCUGGUAAUGAUUGGCAUUUCGUGGACAUUCUCUGUGGCACAGGGCGUCCAUAUACUAAAGCGUGUGAUUUUCUCAGCAAAACUGCAAUCACAGCAACUCGUAAUUCAAGUGGUGUUGAGCACCAAAACGAUCGGGCGCUCAAACGAGAGUUUCAAGAUUGCAAACGAGCCAUAA